UAAACAACCCCCCUUAUCCCCUUCCAUAAAAACAUUUGCGUGUCGUUCCGAAGAACGGGAAAUUAAAAAUAAAAGGUGUUAUUUUUUGAGAAAAAAAUGGCUUUUACAUUAUGGACACUUUUUGAGGCUUCGCUUUUGUGCCUAAAUGCUAUCUGUGUUUUGCACGAAGAAAGGUUUCUUUUGAAAAUCGGGUGGGGAGCGCAACAAAAUAUUCAAGGAUUUGGUGAAGCUCCCACUAUAAAAUCCCAAAUGUUGAAUCUUGUGCGAUCAAUUAGAACAGUGGCAAGGUUUCCACUAAUAUUUCUCAAUAUAUUGACUAUAAUCGUCAAAAUGGUACUCGGAUGAAGACGAAAAUUAUUGAAAAUGCAUUCCAGCGACGCACUGUACAUAAUAUGAAUGGCUGCGAAUAUAAAAUUUAUACUACAAUGUAAAUUAAGCAUGCAAAUCUUUAUAUAUUUAUUCUGCCAACCUAACUAAAGUGAGGUAAAUAAACAGAUUUUUUUACCCAAA